AUCGUCGUCUUCUUCAUUCAGUGUUGAGUCAUCGCUUACCUGUGAGCUCGAAAGUGACGAUCAAUGGGAACCCUAGGAAGAGCAUUUUACUCGGUUGGUUUUUGGAUCCGUGAGACCGGUCAAGCUCUCGAUCGCCUUGGUUGUCGCCUUCAAGGCAAAAAUUACUUUCGAGAACAACUGUCAAGGCAUCGGACACUGAUGAACGUAUUUGAUAAGGCUCCAGUCGUGGAUAAGGAAGCUUUUUUGGCACCAAGCGCCUCAGUUAUUGGGGACGUUCAGAUUGGAAGAGGAUCGUCCAUUUGGUAUGGAUGCGUAUUACGAGGGGAUGUGAACACCGUAAGUGUUGGGUCAGGCACUAAUAUUCAGGACAACUCACUUGUGCAUGUGGCAAAAUCAAACUUAAGCGGGAAAGUGCACCCAACCAUCAUUGGAGACAAUGUAACCAUUGGUCAUAGUGCUGUUUUACAUGGAUGUACUGUCGAGGAUGAAACCUUUAUCGGGAUGGGUGCGACACUUCUUGACGGGGUUGUUGUUGAAAAGCAUGGGAUGGUUGCUGCUGGUGCGCUUGUACGACAAAACACCAGAAUUCCUUCUGGAGAGGUAUGGGGAGGAAACCCAGCAAGGUUCCUUAGGAAGCUCACUGAUGAGGAAAUUGCUUUUAUCUCUCAGUCAGCAACAAACUACUCAAACCUCGCACAGGCUCACGCUGCAGAGAAUGCAAAGCCAUUAAAUGCGAUUGAGUUCGAGAAGGUUCUACGCAAGAAGCAUGCUCAAAAGGACGAGGAGUAUGACUCAAUGCUCGGUAUUGUGAGAGAAACGCCACCAGAGCUUAACCUCCCUAACAACAUACAGCCUGAUAAAGAAACCAAGCGUCCUUCUAAUGUGAACUGAUUUUUCAGAGGUAGAGUACAUUAGGGUAGACGGAUUUACAGCUUUUGGAGAAGCUUUGUUCGACAUUUUUUCAUGGUUUCUUAGGGAAUUGUAUUGUCAGAUCAAACUUUGGUUGUUAUCACUUUGGUCUUUUGAACGUAAGAAGCAAGUUUAUGAAACAUGAGUGAAUAUUAGUCUGAUGCAUGUGCUAUGCAAAAUCCAUGUGCGCCUAUGUUGCUAGGCAAGCAUGAAGAAUAAAGAUCCAAACUUGAU